AUGCUUGCAAAGGUCCCAAAAAGUUUCUGGGUGGAGCUUUUCAAGGCGCCUAAAUUACCAACGGCAGAAGAGAUCCAGGAGCUCAAGGAUGCCCCAGGUGGAGGAUAUAUAUUGACAUUAACCGACCCUCAAGGUUUUCCAUUGAAUCUGAUAUUUGGUCAGACACUGGCGAAGACGAGGGACUACCCACCAAAAAUCACCGUUAAUUAUGAAGUUGAAAAGCCAAGUGCACUCAAAUUCCAACGGUUCACCACUGGCCCUGCCGCUGUUCACAAGGUUAGACACUUUGGCCUGUGUGUUGAAAAUUUCCGUGAUAUGGUUGAUUUCUAUACCACAAACUUUAACCUUGUCCCCUCUGACUUUUUGUAUGUCGAGAAAGAAGGGGAGGAAAAAAAUGUUGCCUUAUUCGCUCACAUCGACCGUGGUGAUGAGUUGGUUGAUCAUCAUACUUUGUUCUUUACCGCCAAUGGCACAAUCCAUGUUCACCACACAUCUUUCGAGGUCCAUGAUUAUGAUACUCAGAAUCUAGGGCAUCAAUGGCUUGCGAACAAGGGUUAUAUCUCUGUUUGGGGUGUUGGCCGUCAUAUCCUGGGGUCUCAGCUAUUUGAUUACUGGUGGGAUACUACAGGGAAUACGAUUGAGCACUACGCAGAUGGCGAUCUGGUGAAUGGAAAACCCCCAAUAGCCUAUGGGCCCGCAGGAGACGAAUCGCUCGCUUUUUGGGGUCCAGAUGUACUUGCUACUUUUUUGAACUGA